UGAAUUUUAAACAAGUCUGGCGACGGCUGCGGCAGAUCCGUCGCCGCCAUGGGAAUCUCCAACUUGCUGCCGCAACUAAAAUCCAUUGCAGACACGACCACCCUACAUCAGUUCAAGGGCAAAACGGUGGCUGUUGAUGGCUACGUGUGGUUGCACCGAGGAGCCUACAGCUGUAGUCAAGAAUUGUGCCUUGGACAAGACACCGACAGGUACAUCGGGUACUUCAUGGAACGCGUGGACUUAUUGGUCAAGUGUGGCAUCAUCCCAUACAUUGUGUUUGACGGGGGGUACUUGCCCAUGAAAAAGCUCAAAGAAGACGAGCGGCGCACCUCGCGUGAAAAACAUCGCGACGCCGGGCUCCAUUUCCUCAAAUCCAAGAAAUUUGACAUGGCUCGGCAGUCGUUUGUAAAGGCUGUGGAUGUAUCUCCGUAUAUGGCCCACCGCGUGAUUCAACGUCUCAAGCACAAAGGCAUCCAGUACGUAGUCGCCCCAUAUGAGGCCGACGCCCAAAUGGCCUACUUGGUGCGCAUGGGCAUCGUGGACGCCGUCAUUUCGGAAGACUCGGACUGUUUGCCAUUUGGCUGCAAGACUGUUCUCUUCAAACUCGACGCGGCCGGCAACGUCGACGUGAUUGAGACCGCCAACUUGGCCAAGAACUCGGGCCUGUCGUUCGUUGGUUUCACCGACGACAUGUUUUUGGACAUGUGCAUUUUGUCUGGCUGCGACUACGUCGCGUCGAUUCCAGGCCUCGGGAUCAAAAAGUCCCAUGGUCUCGUGCUUCGCUACGGAGGCUACCAAAAGGUCAUUCGGGCCCUUCGACUUGAGGGAAAGCUCUCCAUCACGGCAACGUACGAGACGGAUGUGGCCCAGGCGCGCCUCACGUUUCGCCAUCAACGCGUGUACGACCCCGUGACUCAAACGUUGACGCAUGUGACACCUCUCCCACAUUCGUUGGACACCCAUGACACGGACUUUCUCGGCCCUGUCAUCACGAACGAAUUAGCGCGGGGCAUUGCGGAAGGCGACGUCGACCCCAUCUCGACCGAGCCGUUCCCGACUGUAACGGAGACAACCACACAGCUGCUGCCUGGCCCAAACGCACGUCGACCUGCUCCCAUCGCGGCCACACCCAUCCACGAUCUGGCACCGCCAACUGCGUCGAACCCGUCCUAUCAAACGCCACCGCAGUCUCAAGAGCCCACCGACAAAGAAAACGCAUUUACGAGACUCCUCCAGGCGGGGUCGCUGAUGCCUCGUUCCACCCUGAGCAAGCGAAAGCUUCCUGCGACGUUGGCGACAGUCCCUAAACGCCGACCUGCCUUGCACCCGAUCGAGAAUACCGUGGCUUCCAAAGAAUCGUUCUUCCAGCCGCGCAGUCGCUACUUUGGAGGAUCUCUCUCGAUCAAGGCAGACGUAUCUGUGCAAAAGGUCCGCCAGGUGACGGGAGCGCCAUCCAGACCGGCGCCGCCAAAUACACGCAGUUUACCGUGCGAACGUCGUGAAGCAGUCAAGUCGGCACCGUCGACGACUUCCAUCACAACCAGUGCGCCGCCCACGCCAGGCUUCAGUCGGUUUCGAUUUCAAGGAUGACGAUGGCUCAACGUUUUGUUUAUUGUACGCUGGUUCUUAGUCGUCUUCGAUCGGGAGCUUGCACGUCGGGCACGAGUUGUUGUUGCGAAUCCAUCCCUGCGCGCAGUCUAGCCGCCAUCGUAAGCGGUGAAAUGGAUGGUUGGGUGCCCAGUGGAGAA